GGGGUAAAUGGGUCCAUGAAUGUUCACUUGCUCACGGUGCAAUUACUUACAGAGGUCCCGUGGACGUCGCCGUCCGUCACGGCCGUGACAACAGAUUAGCAGAGGACGGCAACGGAAAAGGGAAAGCCUCCGUCCGAGACGGCAUCAUUUGCGGGCCAGGCUGAGGAACACCGUGACUCCUCGUGCAGGCCCGAGCGGGGCGGGGCCAGCGCCUGCCUGCGCUGCGCACGUGCUGCGUCCCUAGCAUAGCCUCUGCCAUCCCCCAUACCAUCCAUCAUUUGCUGCCCCAAGAGGCCAGAACUCCAAAAGCAUAAUCCGUAGAUUAGUUUAGUCCGUAGAAAGCAAUGUAAAACAGUGAUUCAGAGCAAUGCCCGUUUUGCAUCCCAUGCAUAUGCAGAUUUUCACAUUGCUGGGCCACCGGAAGACAAGCACAAUCAUACUAGACCAUAGGAGUAGGGGCGAGGACCUCGCACGUCCGUGGCAGCUGUUGUGAUUGAAUCCUGCGACGUUAAUGCAGUCGGAGAGUAACAGGAGAUUAGAUCACCGAGUUGUGCGAGAUCUUCCACUAAUCAAGGGCAGCGGAGUACUGUCAGGUGCCCGGGAGAGGACGGCAGCGGCCAGGUUUCCUCGGGACUUUGCUUCCAACUGCGGCAGAUCCUGACAUGAAAUCCAACAUUUCAGAAGCGCCCCGUACAAGCACUGAAAGCUAGAGACCAACAUUAUGCUGCUACCCAAAAUAUACUGGUAGCAGAGAGCGAGGGUUGGAGCCUUUGGAGAGGGAAGGGUUAGCACGGAGAUGUCUCGUCCUGUGUGUGCUGUGUGCAUGUGCGCGUCCAACAAAGCCUGAAGUAACCUCCCCUCUGCGGCUCUGCUGCGUCUCUGCCUCGUCUCUCUCCUCUUUAAGCGCUCCCAGCUAAAAUCGCUGCCGUUUCCGGCCCGUUCCGGUUCCAUUCCCUGGAAUCCCGCAGCUCGCCUCCUACCUCGGUCACAGUCAGUCCUCCCCUCCUCAAGCUCACAGCUCUCAGCUCUGCACCCUCUCUUUUACCUCCUGCUCGCUUUCAUCCUUUCCCUGCGCCUCUCUUUCUGUCGCUUCAAUGCCAUCUUUUGCUCCCUCCCACUGUUGAGCAAAGGAGGUUUGGACUUCGCUCAGGGUGCUUGCCCUCCUUUCCGUCCGCUUAAUCUUUCCCGCUGGCUGCAAUGGCUGGCGGCUUUGAGGGGAGGAGCGCUUCAACUACAACCAGAGGAGUUGAGCAGGCCAUUGUUGCUCUCAAGAAGGGUGCACAUCUCCUGAAAUGUGGCAAGAGAGGGAAACCCAAAUUCUGCAUUGUCAGGCUAUCUUAUGAUGAGAGAGCACUAAUAUGGUACUCCAAAGAGAGGGAAAAACGUUUGAGCUUGAAUUCUGUGUCCAGUGUAGUUCUUGGACAGAAGACUACAAAACUUUUGCGUCUGCAUUGGCCAGAAAAGGAACCUCAUUCCCUGUCAGUUAUAUAUAAGAAUGGUGAAUCCUCACUUGACUUGGUCUGCAAAGAUAGACAUCAAGCUGAAUGUUGGUAUUUAGGCCUUACAACCCUAAUAUCAGCUCCAUGCACCCCACUACUUCUGGUUAACUCAACAAACGGCUGUCAGAUAAACAGCUGUACAAAUAGCCCUCCUAGCUACAUUCAGCAAAGGAGUAGGCUCUUUGCUGUGCACCAUGGAAGAAAUUUCACAAAGGUACACUCAUUAUAUGGCAGUCCUAGGUUGAUACAGAACAAAUACUCGCAUUCUUACUCAGAACCAUUCUUUUCUCCAAGACAGAGAGCAUGGUCAGAACUAGAUUCUUACUUGGAAAAGAUUAGCCCCGAAUUGGCAAAUCGAGUAAAAAAUGAUUUGAGGGACAUAAAAUCUUCUGAAAAGAUUACGGACCAAAGAAUUAUGCAUAUGCCUAAACUGAAACAAUCUGAGGGAUCAAAUGCAGCAUCAGAUUCUCUGAAGGACAUCUUUGUCUGGGGCGAUAUUCAGGGUCGUAUGCUAGAUCGCGGACAUUUAUCAGCGGCCAAUGUCUCACUUCCAAGGUUAUUGAAAUCAGCACAAAUUCUUGAUGUGCAGAGUAUUACCUGUGGAGAGAAACACGCAGCAAUAGUUACUAAGCAAGGUCAGGUAUUCUCAUGGGGUGAGGAGAAUAGUGGGAGAUUGGGACACAAAACAAGAGACAGUGUCUCUCAUCCUAAAAUCAUCGACUCUCUUUCCUCCAUACCGGUGAAGGCUAUCGCAUUUGGGGCAAAGCACACCUGUGCAGUUUCAGUUUCAGGAGAACUUUAUGAAUGGGGUGAAGGGAUUCAUAGCCUAGGGCUGUGGAAUGAUCAGUGUCGAAGAAGCCAGUGGUUCCCGCAUAAACUGAUCAGUACUUCAGAUGGCAUCUCUGUGUCGAAGAUUGCAUGUGGUCAGUGGCAUACGGCUAUCAUAUCCUCCACCGGUCAGCUGUUCACUUAUGGAGAUGGUACAUUUGGUGUUCUUGGACAUGGUGACACAUGUUGUGUUGCUCAGCCUAAAGAAGUGGAGUCCUUGAGAGGGUUAAGAACCAAGUCUGUUGCAUGUGGGCCGUGGCACACAGCUGCUAUUGUGGAAACAUCAGGAACUCCCAAGAGCAAUGCUCCUGGUGGGAAGCUAUUCACAUGGGGUGAUGCAGGUGAAGGGAAGCUGGGCCAUACUGACAAAAAAUCGAAGCUUGUACCAACUCGUGUCGAAACACUCGUUGACUGUGAUUUUAUUCAGGUAUCCUGUGGUAUGUCAAUAACAGUUGUGCUAACAAUAACAGGUGUUGUAUUUACCAUCGGAAGCAAGAAGCAUGGACAAUCAGGGAAUCCUCGACCUGAGGACACAUCUAUUUGCAUGGUUGAAGGGCCACUUAAGACUGAGUUUAUCAAAGAUAUAUCCUGCGGCACUUCCCAUGUCGCAGUCUUGGCAAUGAAUGGGAAAGUCUUUACAUGGGGCAAAGGCACAGAAGGGCAACUUGGUUUAGGUGAUUAUGUUGACAGGACCUCCCCAACUCUGGUGGAGGCCCUGGAAGAUAAACAGGUGGAAAGUAUAACUUGUUGUUCCAAUUUCACUGUUGUAAUUUGUGUGCAUAAGGCAAUCUCGUGCAAGGAACAAUCUGUAUGCAGUGGUUGCCGGUUGGCAUUUCGGUUUACAAGGAAGAAACACAACUGCUACAACUGUGGUUCCAUGUUCUGCAAUUCCUGCAGCAGCAACAAGGUUCCAAGGGCAGCCCUUGCACCAGAUAAGAGCAAAAGGUGUCGUGUUUGUGAUGCUUGUUUUAAUGAGCUGAAUAACACUGCAGAGCACAGCAAAAUGAGUUCUGGAUCAAAGAUCCAAAAAGAAGAAACGUCUUUAACAGAAAUAAGAACAUACACACCAAAGUUAUCACGCAUGCUUAAGGAAGCAAAUUUCAUCAUGGAAAAAAUGGGCACGGCACACAGCCCCAACCAGAGAAAUCAGGACUUGGCCACUCUGAAUCAAGUGCAAAAACAGAGGUGGGGACAAGUAGACUGUCCCAAUCAAUUCAAAUGUGCACGAGACAGCAUUCCAUACCGGUCGACAUCAAAGAAACAGACAGUCGAUGUUUGUUGUAUAGGGAGAAUGAUUGAUCCAGUAUCACAAAAGACUGCUACCCUUUUGCCACAAGCCACAAAUGAUAGGAGAAAAGAACAAGAUUUGAUGGAAAAGAUACUGCUGGAGGAAGUGAAACAGCUUCAAGCACAGGUAACCACUCUAGCAGAAGAAUGCCGGCAUAAGAGCUUAAAAGUUCAGUUGUAUAAACGAGAACUUGAGGAAACCUGGUUGAUAGUCAGGGAUGAGGCCACAAAGUGCAAAGCUGCGAAAGAUAUUAUAAAGAUUUUAACAAAUCAGAGGAACGCUUUAUCAAAGAAACUUUUAGGUGGUCUGGAACUAGAUAAUUCCAGUAUCAUACCUGACCCGCCCGACAAAACUCUUGCCACUGGCAAAAUUCCACCGCUAAACAGCAUCAGGGAUCAACGCUACAUAGAGGAAGUGGAUAUACAAUCUACAGCAUCUUCUAACACUGUUGCCAUGGAUGACUCAGCUGUGCAUCAGAAUGACAGAAGAGCCUCCAAUAGCAGCAGAGGUUAUGAUGGAGGAACAGAUAGCACAAUUGCUCCUACUGAUUCCAAUGGUGUGAUCGAGCAAAUUGAGCGUGGAGUGUACAUUACAGUCGUUACAUCCCCCAGUGGUAAGAAGGGAAUCAAGCGCAUCCGGUUCAGCCGGAAGCAUUUUGGAGAGGCGGAGGCGCAGAAAUGGUGGGAAGAGAAUGAGAGCAGGGUAUUUGCAAGGUACGCCAGCAUGGAGUACCUGGCAACAUAAUCUACAGAUGAAAAAUGUACAUGGGUAGCCAGUUUUUUUAUAAUGUCAGUAGGGCAUGCAUACAGCAACACGAUACUGUUCAGUAAAGAAGUGGAUAGAUGAGGUAGAAGGAAUCCUGAUGAUCAUCAAUUGCUUUCUAGCAGAUGAACGGCCGAACGGGGUUGUAUCCUCGCGGUGGGUUAACUUAGGUCCAUGAUUUUGCUUCAACUCAAUACUAAUUCGACACGAAUUGGAGUUUGUGUAA